CUUGUCUGGACCAGGGCAGCAAAACAUACCUAUGGGGGGCUCUAGUGGGAGGGGCUGUAGCCAGGAUGUGGGAGGGCAGAAGGGAGGUUCUGUGAAGUACUGGGGGAGGGGGGUGACUGGAAAACAGAUUUCAAGCCAUAAAGUCAGCUAGGAACAGGCCGAGGCAGAAAGAGCUGUGUGCAAAGGAGAAGCUGGGGUCCACUUCCAUCUUAUCUUCACCCUGCCUGCCUGCACGACCUUGGACGUACCAUGCGGGCACUGUGCCUGCUUUGCUGGGCUGUUCUCCUGAACCUGGUGCGAGCUUGUCCAGAGCCCUGUGACUGUGGGGAGAAGUAUGGCUUCCAGAUUGCAGACUGUGCCUAUCGUGACCUAGAGGGUGUGCCACCGGGCUUCCCAGCCAAUGUGACCACACUGAGCCUGUCAGCCAACAGGCUGCCAGACCUGCCGGAAGGAGCCUUCAGGGAAGUGCCCCUAUUGCAGUCGCUGUGGCUGGCGCACAAUGAGAUACGCUCCGUGGCUGUUGGCGCUCUGGCCCCUCUGGGCCAUCUCAAGAGUCUGGACCUCAGCCACAACCUCAUCUCUGAGUUUGCCUGGAGCGACUUAUACAACCUAAGUGCUCUGCAGCUGCUCAAGAUGGACGGCAACGAGUUAGCCUUCAUCCCUCGGGAUGCCUUCCGCAGCCUCCGUGCCCUGCGUUCCCUGCAGCUCAAUCACAACCGCCUGCACGCUUUGGCCGAGGGAACCUUCGCGCCGCUCACUGCGCUGUCCCACUUACAGAUCAAUGACAACCCUUUCGACUGCACCUGUGGCAUUGUGUGGUUCAAAACAUGGGCCCUGGCCACAGCAGUGUCUAUUCCAGAACAGGACAACAUUGCCUGUACUUCACCCCAUGUGCUGAAGGGUACCCCAUUAAGUCGCCUGCCACCCCUGCCCUGCUCAGCUCCCUCAGUGCAACUAAGCUACCAGCCCAGCCAGGAUGGAGCAGAGCUACGGCCUGGCUUCGUGCUGGCACUCCACUGUGACGUGGAUGGACAGCCAGCCCCUCAGCUUCACUGGCAUAUUCACACCCCAGGCGGCACAGUGGAGAUAGCCAGUCCUAACGUAGGCACUGACGGACGUGCCCUGCCUGGCGGCCUUGCAGCCAGUGGGCAGCCACGCUUCCAGGCCUUUGCCAAUGGCAGCCUGUUUAUCCCUGACUUUGGCAAGCUGGAGGAGGGCACCUAUAGCUGCCUGGCCACCAAUGAGCUAGGCAGUGCUGAAAGCUCUGUAAAUGUGGCAUUGGCCACUCCAGGCGAGGGGGGAGAGGAUGCAGUGGGGCGCAAGUUCCACGGGAAAGCAGUGGAGGGCAAGGGCUGUUAUACAGUUGACAAUGAGGUACAGCCAUCCGGACCAGAGGACAAUGUGGUUAUCAUUUACCUCAGCCGUGCUGGGCCCCCAGAGGCUGCAAUAGCAUCAGAAGGGAGGCCUGUGCAGCUGCUCUCAGGCAUAUUCCUACUAGUCCAAAGCCUGCUUGUUCUCUUCCUUGUCUGCUUCUAACUACACUCUGCCCUGGUUGGCUAGAGCCUUCCUAACUCCCCCUGACCACGUUCCUGCCAAAGUUCCUUCUUAGCACCAUGAGGUCUGGAGUUGGCGAGGCCUGAGGUUAGCUAGCCUACCACCUUUUCUAAGCUCUUCCAGGCUACCCACUACUCAAACUUGCAGAUCUGCUCAGAACUAGCAACUGGGAUAGAACUAUAUCCCAAAACUCAUUGUCUCUAGUGCUAAUUACUGCUGACAUCACUGCCUGUGCUAGCAGGGGCAGCAAGCUAACAGGGAAACAACGAUGCCCUGACCUGACCCACUUUGAAAGUGCUAGGCAUGGGGAUAAGGAGCUUGCGGAGGCCAUCCAGGUAGGCAUUAGGGCUGGGCUAGAAGGGGGUCUGGAGUGGCCAGUACAGGAUCUGGAAAGGAGGUACCCCAGGCAAUGGCUGGGGAAGCUAAAAGCUCUCCCUAGCCUCAUGAUGCUCUCCGAUGAGAUGUGGAAAUCAUGAUGUGGAAAUCAUCCGUGGCUGGGCCUUUCUCUCUUCUCACCCCAAGUCCCACAGCUUGUGCCUGUUUCUUGACACACUUGCUCCUCCUGUCUUUCCAAGUAUGCAUCAGUAGCCUGCCCCCUCCCAAGAGGCUAGCUAGUCUGGGUAGCAGAAAAGAAAAAAUAAACAGCAUUUCUGAUGCCCCA